AUCCAGCACCCGGAUGGAGAGUGAGUGCUGAGCAGGUGACCUGGAAGGCGAAGUCCCAGCUGGCCGCUUUCCGGGAGUGAGUGGGGGAACCAGCGAGGAGGGGGGGCAUGGACUGGAUUCCUACCUGCUGCUCCCUUGGUUUUGUGGCUUAGAGAAGACAGGCGUCUUCCCUGGAUCUCCAGUGCCCUCUCCUGCCCUAUAACAUGAAAGGAUCAAAGUGAUGGACUUCUGAGCUUGAAAUUACUGGCCAAGCCUCCCUCUGUGCCUUGGUGGCCCCACCCCUUGCUGUGACCAUGGAUACGCUCAGCAGCUGCCAGACUGCCUCCCUCUCUGAGCUGUUGCCCAACGGUUACCUGGCUCAAACCUUCCCAGGCUGCCCUGAGGUGGAAGGCCUGGCUGGGGAGGUGGAGCUGGAGGAUUCUGAGCAGUGUGGCCAGGGUGACUUUAGUCCCAGGGAAGACAGUGGUCAAGGCAAAAAGAAAACCAAAGUGAACAAGAUCUGGAAUUUUGUGAGCCGCAGAAGAGGGGCCUCCAGUCACGGGAAGCGACCCCAGUCUAUGAUUUUACUGGGAGCCACCUCUAAGUCCUCAGAGUUGAAACCCAAAGUCACGCUAAUGGAUCGAAUGAAGUCAUUCAAGAAGUUGAAGCCUUCCACUGGGGGCUCAAAGACUCCUGUUCCUAGGAGCAGCAAGGCUCAGGAACCCCAGGAGCCCCCAAGUAGCUACCGCAUGAGGAAGAACGAAGAGACUGCAAAGCCCUUUCGCCAUUCCUAUGCAGGCCACGUUGAGGGUCCGGAGCCCUUCCUCACAGAUGCGCAGAGGCCCGCGCACAUCCCCAGCAGGGUGAACCCGAAAGUUUUGGCCUCCCAAGACUCCGUCAUCCAAGUGGAGGAAGAUCCUUGUGAAGAAGAGGCCCCUGAGCAGUCUGGCAGCAGAGGCGGCAGGUGGGCUAAGACCUACGUGAGAAACGUCCUCCCUGGGGAUCAGGAGGCCCCACACAUUGCAGCCAGAAACUCCAGAAUUGAGGAACUCGAGGUCACCGUCGAGGGCUCCAGCUUGGAAGGGAGCUACGAGGAGAGUCCUGGGCACCUGCGCAGAGACAAGGCCACGCCUUUUGGUGGCGUUGUCAAGUUCUUCAGCAACAUGGCCGAGGUGGCCCGCAAGUGGCGUGCAUUCUCCCGGGAAGAGCCGCAGAUAAGCCGCCGCCACCGCCGCCGCGAGGCGUGCUUGGUCCGUGACAGCGAAGUCUUCAUCAUGGAGACUGCCGCUUCCCAGACCUCCUUGCAGCUCGACCCGCCCUGCGGGCUCCCUGACACUGAGAUGUUUCGCGGGGUCAUUAAGAAGCGCCAACACUGGCCCUUCAAGUCCUCGAAGACCUCACGCACCUUUACAAUGAGCCUUGAGGGUGAGGAGCUGGCAGACCGAGGCUCUGAAGCUCCCCGCACUACUGCUGCCUUGGCCUGGGCGUCCACCUCUGCUGCGUUUGAAUUCCAGGACGACCCCAUACCGCAGGAAGGCUACAGCUACCACUACAGCGGGUCCUUCGUCAGGGAGCCAUCCUCCUCUGAUGAGGCUGACGAUGACACUGAGACUGUGAUCAGCUUUGUCAAGGAAGAUGACAGUUCUGGAGAGUUCUUCGAGGUGGACACCUGUGUCAAGAAGGUCACCUUUGCAGAUGUUUUGGAGAAGCCCAGAGAGAUGGAGGAGGAGGAGGAGGAGGAGGAGGAGGAGGAGGCGAGCAGAGCGCCUAUGGGGUCCAAUCAGGCUGGGCAGCCCCAGAAGUCAGAUUUGGGUAAGGAGGUGGCAGGUGCAGAGAGCGAAGCCAGCAAGGCCUGCGCUGGAGUUUCUGGGACUCAGGAGUUCUUCCCCCCAGCUGAACCACCACCAAGGACUCCACCCCUGAAAGUCCUCCUGGCAAGAUGCCAGUCUCUGCCUGUCUCCCAGAACAUCCCCUUGGACCUGGAUCAACUGUACUUGAGCAGACCCCCACAGCUUGGUGCAGUCCCCAAAUACUUUUCCUCAUUGAUACUGAAAAUCCACCUUUAG